AUGAGUGCUGCAGCAUCACCACUCAUUGGCCUCCCUCCACCGCAGCAGCAGCAACGCCCGCAAACGCACCACCUGCACAUCACCGACGACUCUCGGCACCAUCACCAACACCGCUAUAACCACCGCCAUCACCACCACCACGAGCGACAGCCGCUGCCGCCCACCAGCAGGAAACCAACCGCCGCGGCGCUGCGACGCGAGAAGAUGGCGGCGGGCCUGGCCACGAGCCGCGGUGCCGGAGGGCUGAUCCGGCUGGAGAUUUACAUGGAUCUGCUGUGCCCGUGGUGCUUUAUCGAGAAGCACAACCUGGAGGCGCUGAUGCAGCGCUACCGCGACGAGCAUCCCGAGGUGCGCUUCGAGGCCGUGUUUAGGCCGUAUUACAUAGCACCGACCAUGGCCAAGCACGGCGUCGAAAAGCGCGGCAUCUACGACCGCCUCGAGUCCCUUAACCCAAACUUCCUCUCCCGCAUCCAAGUCGCCGGCGCAAAGCACGACAUCGCCUUCUCCAUCCGCGGCGUCACCGGCAACACCCGCCUCGCCCACCGCCUCAGCGCCGUCGCCCUGCGCGAGCUCGGUCCCGCGGGCCAGUCCGCCGUCGUCGAGCAGCUGUUCCAGGGCCACUUUGAGGACGGCCGCGACCUCAGCGACGCCGCUUUCCUGGUGUCCGUGGGCGUGGCCGCGGGCAUUUCCGAGGCGGCGGUGCGAGCCGGGCUGGACGACGACGAGGCCGGCACGAGGCUCGAUGCCGUGGCCCAGGCGGCGAGGGAUGUCAUUGGCGUCGAGGCCGUGCCCUGCGUCAUGGUGCAGGACCGGUACAAGGUGGGAGGGUAUCAGGAGAGCCAUGUCUUUGAGAGCUUGUUUGAGAAGAUACGGCUGGCGGGCGAGGGUCUGUGA